UCCAAUUUUUCAGUUUUGUAUAAUAGGUGUGUAAAAGGGCUUGCAAUGGAAUUGGAUAAAACAUUGAAGGUUGUUAAUGUUACAAUACAGAAUGCUCUCAAUACUAUCGAUUUACAUUGUGAAGGUUAUCGACCAUUUCAGUUGAUUUUAUACACAUUGAUUACUACUUUAGUAAUACUGAAGUCAUGGUUUUUCCUCUUCAAGAAAGAUGAGCCAUUGGCAAAAAGAUCCAAGAAGUUUGUAUUUCGCUGGAUUAGAAGAAUGCCAAUUGUUGGUAAUAUGAUUAAGAAGGAAGUUGGAAAAGUAAAAGACCAUAUAAGCGCGGAAAAACUUUUCAAACUGAAACCUGGUAUGAGAUACCUCCGUCAAUUACCCCGUGAAGGAUAUUCAGACAGUAAAAUAAUACACGAAGUAGACGAAUAUUUGAGUAUGGAUCAUAAGUGGGAUAAUGGAAGUGUUUCUGGUGCCAUAUAUAAUGGUAGUCCAGAACUAACUAACAUUGUUGGACAAGUUUGCAGCAAAUUUACAUGGACUAAUCCUUUACAUCCUGAUGUCUUUCCAGGACUUCGUAAAAUGGAGGCAGAGGUGGCGAGAAUGGUGUGCGAUAUGUUUCAUGGAGACCCCUUAGAGUCCUCUGGUACCGUGACUUCUGGUGGCACAGAAAGCAUUCUUCUUGCUGUGAAGGCAUAUAGAGAUUGGGCACUUGAUAAUGGAAUAGAGCAUCCAGAAAUUGUAUGCCCAGUCAGUGCCCACGCUGCCUUUGAGAAGGCAGCUCAUUAUUUUAAAGUCAAAAUUGUUCAAGUUCCACUUGAUACCAAAACAUGGAAAGUCGAUAUCAAUAAGAUGAAGAAGGCUAUAACAAAAAAUACAUGCAUGAUUAUGGGAUCUGCACCACAGUUUCCUCAUGGUAUUAUAGAUCCAAUAAAAGACAUAGCUGCUCUCGGAUUGAAAUAUGGAAUUCCUGUUCAUGUUGAUGCUUGCUUGGGAGGAUUCUUAAUUGCUUUCAUGGAAGAGGCUGGCUUUCCACUCGAGCCAUUCGACUUUCGUGUACCAGGCGUUACUAGUAUUUCUGCAGAUAGUCAUAAGUAUGGAUAUGCACCGAAAGGCACCUCGUGUAUUUUAUAUUCGUCACCAAAAUGGCGUACUUAUCAGUAUUUUGUAUCACCUGAUUGGCAGGGUGGUAUGUAUGCUACUCCUACUCUCAGUGGUAGUAGAACAGGCACUGUAAUUUCUGGAUGCUGGGCCGUAAUGGUAAAGUUUGGGCGCAUUGGUUAUGUUGACUGCACUCGUAAAGUCAUUAAAACCGCUAGGUACAUCACCAAAGAGCUCAGUAUGUUGGAGAACAUCUUUAUAUUCGGAGAACCAAAAGUCUGUGUGGUUGCUAUGGGUAGCUUGGACUUUGAUAUAUUCCGCCUCUCAUCAGCCAUGACAGAGUUGGGAUGGAAUUUGAACAGUGUUCAAUUUCCUUCUGCUAUUCAUCUAUGCUGUACAAUGUUACAUACAAAGCCCGGUGUGGCAGAUCGCUUUGUGAAGGAUGUGAAGCAGUCCGUGCAAAAUAUAAUGAUGAAUCCAAAGAAGAAGAACACAGGGGCCUCUGCUAUGUAUGGUAUGGCUCAGACCAUCCCCGAUCGCUCAUUAGUUUCUGAACUAACUGGUGCCUACUUAGAUGCAAUGUAUGAUACCUCUGAUUAUCGAAACAAUGGAGAUUCUCAUCGUAAUGGACAUAUAUGAAGUUCCUGUAUUGUAUUUUACAUACAUAAAAUUGGAAAUUUUCUUUUCCGAUAACAGUUCGCUAUCUAUCCAUUUUGAAAGAAAAAUAAAUUGUUAUGCAAUUUUGUGUGGUAAUAUUUUAUUAUGUAAUUUAUGAAAAUUUGUUUUUAUUGAUGGUUGUUCUGGCAUAUGGCCAAAAGACACUGGUAAAAAUAAAUGUAUCAAAAGCUGUAUCAAAUAAAUGGAUUUUUAGUAAUAUA